CCACCAUGAGUCUCCUUAACAAGCCCAAGAGUGAGAUGACCCAAGAGGAGCUACAGAAGCAGGAGGAAGAAAAAUUUAACACUGGUCCACUUACUGUGCUCACACAAUCAGUCAAGAACAACACUCAAGUGCUUAUUAAUUGCUGCAAUAACAAGAAACUCUUGGGCUGGGUGAAAGCCUUUGAUAGACACUGCAACAUGGUGCUGGAGAAUAUGAAGGAGAUGUGGACUGAGGUUCCCAAAAGUGGCAAGGGUAAGAAGAAGUCUAAGCCAGUCAACAAAGAUCGCUACAUCUCCAAGAUGUUCCUGCGUGGGGACUCGGUCAUUGGGGUCCUGCGGAACCGACUUAUUGCUAGCAAAUAGGGCCCU